CUUAUACAUUCACUUGCACUGGACCGCCACAGCGCCAAGAUUGUGGACCCUGUUUGUGCGACGUGCUGCGCUGUCGCGCGUCUUUCCGUGCCCCGUGACCGUGGAAAAUGCUGCCAAGAAUCGUGUUUAUUUACCCUUCCCUGAUUAUUGGAAUAUUAGCAGUGUUAUUGGUAGCCGACAGAGACAUCGACACUGAGUUUAAGAAUGCGGACAUGGAGUGGUGUAAGUUGGUCCCGGAAGGGACGUUCCCGGAGUGCAAGGACGGGGCUUCCAGCGCUCCCUCGGUACCUACCGUGGUCGACCCGGAGUUCCACUUUAUCGGAACGGCACAGUUGCCACCGGAUAAAGUCUUGACCGCCGCCGGCAGCUUCGAAGGUGACAUCCUCGGCUACGAUCCCGGCAUGAUGGAGAGCACCGACACCCUCAAGCAGCAGAGUAAGAACUUCAUCACGGACGAGGCGAAGAAGUGGCCCAAGGGCGUCGUUCCCAUCAAGGUGUCGCCCUAUUUCCGUCCGCUGGAUGGCAGCGCUAUCAGGAAGGCACUGGAGACCUUCACGGCCAAAACUGGGAUCCAGUUCGUGGAGCGGACUACAGAGGGGGAUUAUGUUUACAUCGGACCGGGAGUCGGAUGCCAGUCGUUUACCGGCAGGCAGGGCGGACGACAGCAAUUGAGUCUCCAGAUCCCCGGGUGCAAAGGCGAAGGAAUUAUUCAUCACGAACUGAUGCAUUUGAUGGGUUUUUACCAUGAACAAUCGCGCACUGACAGAGAUGAUUAUGUGGAGAUCAACUGGAGCAACAUCGCGCCCGAGAAUGUACCGCAGUUUCAAAAGUACAGCGCCCAGGAGAUAACGGCCUUUGGUGAGCCGUACGACUUCGGCUCCAUCCUGCACUAUGGCAAGUUCGAUUUCGCCAAGGAUCCCAAGGUCUUCACCAUCCAGCCGCGCCCUGGCAAACUGCCGCCCGGCGUUGUCCCGGAGAUCAUGGGCCAGCGCGACGGCAUGAGCCGUGUCGAUCUGCUCAAGAUGAAACUGGCCUACCCGAAAAUGGACAACAGAUGUCCCACCGAGGAGCCUGGCUGGCUGAAAUUAGGCGAGAAAAAGUGCUACUAUUUCUCCUUCAUCGCCAAGAAGAGGGCGUCGCAGUUUGUGGAAGCCCGGAAUUAUUGCCGCGUGUACAACGCCGCACCGGCCAGCGAAGCCAAGAACGGUCUGCGCUACAUCCACAGCAUCAUGGACGAGCACGCCAACCAGGUGACGGCCAAGGAUCUGGUGUGGAUUGUCAACUGCAAGACCCUCUCCAGCACCACCAGCGACGCCGCGUUCUCCGAGUGUAUCGCCGAUGAGGCGCCGCGCUUUUUUGUCUGCUAUAAGAAGAUGGAUCCCAAUGAUGCUUCUUAAGCGAACAUACCGUUGAAUGUACAGGAGUGUUAACGGUUUUUUAAGUAUAACCGCAAAGCUUUGGUGGAAGUUGACGGUUUGGGGAAGCAUUCUGUAGUUGCACAGACAUUAAGGCUGAUAAAGCAAUAGCGAUUAUUAAGAGCAAGAUGCUGCGAGCAAACAUUGUUCCCUUGUUAAGUUUAAAAGUGUGGUUAUAUCGGCGUGAAAACUGUUUGAGCGCGCAACAUCCGAAUGGAGAG